AUGGCGCAUCCUUCAGGCAACGGAGGCACUUCACUUGCUCCAACGCCCACUCACCCACACCACUUAUCGCGGGAGUCAAGCAAAGAAGAAUUGGAAAUGGCCGAGAGCCUCCGACGUCUAAAUCAGGUCCAAGAUGCUCAGAUGUCCAACACUGGAUCGCCUUCCAGAGAACGAUCGGGCACACCGGAAGACGACCAGAAAUCCGAGAUUUACCACUCACUCGAGGAUGCCGUACCUAUUGCGGGUGCAGCGGCCUCACCGAUGCCCUCGACCUCGUUAUCGUUUCCACCACGGAGUGUUGGCGGCGGAGAUAGCGCGCCUAUAAUUGGGCAGGUCUGCAGCAACUGUAGAACUACACAAACGCCGCUAUGGCGUCGUUCGCCAACAGGAGAGACCGUCUGCAAUGCAUGCGGACUUUACAUCAAAGCCAGGAACCAGCAACGUCCAGUCAACCUCAAGCGUAACACUCCUUCGCAACUAGGUGUGCCGGUGCAGCAAAGUCCGACUCCCAGUGCCACCGGCAAGCAAGAUAUCUCCCCUGGGAAUAUUGCUUCGUCGCCUCGCGUUGCAACUUACGUUGCUGCGGAUCAGAUGGCAUCAGGCACCUGUCCAGGAGGUGGCAGGUGUAACGGUACCGGAGGACAGCAAGGGUGCAACGGGUGCCCUGCUUUCAAUAAUCGCGUGUCUAAGACAGCCAAAUUUGCGCUGCAGCAAGCAAGUACCUCAACGAAGCCCGCAGAUGGCUCGAACGAGAACAGUACAUCCGGGUCCUGCUCAGGAUCAGCCUCGACAAGUGCCAUUCCAGCUUGCCAAAACUGCGGCACCACUAUUACACCUCUCUGGCGAAGGGACGACGCUGGUCAUAUCAUUUGCAACGCCUGUGGUCUUUACUACAAGCUUCACGGCACCCACCGACCUGUUGCAAUGAAGAAGCAAGAGAUCAAGCGUCGCAAGCGUGUCGUACCUGCUGGGGACAACAACUCACAAGCCGCCCCUUCUGUCGCCAACUACUCUCUACCCCAGCGCUCAUCGCAAAACCCUGCUCUCGACGGGUCAGCAUCUCCUGAUCCCAUACCGUCCCGUGAAGAGUAUACUCCGGAACCUAGAGGUCCUCUGGCGGUUGACUUCACCCACUACAGAAACAAUAACAACAACAACAACAAGCUCAAUGUCAUAUCCAAUCCCUCUGUACACCCAGGCGCUCCUUCGCCGCGAAAGCGUAGUCUGAGCGCUACCAUGGACCCCGAUGAAGUGCCGGCAAAAGCCGCAAACCCUGCGCCGCACCGACCGAACGCUAUAUCCUCGAUACUCAAUCACCCGCGUACCGAAGAGUCCAAUAUCGAUCCAUCCCUUUCCGUACCCCUACGCCCUUCCGGAGGGUCUUCGCCGAACCCGACAGCGACGCAGGAGGAUAAGAAGGCUCGACGAGAACGGUUGUUGCGCGAGCAAGAGCGGAUAGCGGCUGAAUUGGCUGAAUUGGGGCACGAUUGA